AUGCAUGAGAAUGCCACCGAAAGAGAAGCAGGACCCUCAGUUGAAGUCACACCAGUUGUCUAUAAGGAGUGGGAUGAUGAUAUGGAUUUGGUUUUAGAUCAAGAAUUUAGAACCAAGGAGGAAGCGCAAACUCAUAUUCAGGCGGCGUCACAUGUGAAGUGUUUUGAGUAUGAGGUAAUUAAGUCGGAUACUAAGAGAUAUGUGAUAAAAUGCCGAGGAGCCAAAGAAGGCUGCAAGUGGUUUGUGCGUGUUGCAAAGUUAACGAAUUCAGAUCUUUGGUCAGUUAGAAGUUACAUCAAGCAGCAUAGAUGUUCUGUUGUUACCACAAGAACACUGCCUAAUAGAAGGAGAGGCACACAACAAAUCGUUGCAUCUAUCCUGGCCCAAGAUUAUCCUGGAAGUUUUGACACACCACGUCCCAAUGCUCUGAUCGAUUUGGUUCAUCAGAGAGUUGCUGUGGAAGUAUCAUACACAACGGCAUAUAGAGGAAGAAGACUAGCUGCUAAUAAAGUGCGCGGAACUCCUGAAGAGAGUUAUUCUUUAUUAUAUUGUUAUAUGCACAUGCUGGAGCAGGUGAAUCCUGACACAAUAACUCGUGUGGUUGUGGAUGAGGGCAAAAAAUUUAAGUAUCUGUUUUGGGCUUUGGGAGCUAGCAUAGAAGGAUCCCGCGCGAUGAGAAAAGUCCUCGUUGUGGAUGCAACACACCUGAAGACUGUUUAUGGUGGAGUGUUAUUUGUUGCGACUGCUCAGGAUCCCAAUCAUCACCACUACCCAAUUGCGUUUGGUGUUGCUGAUGGUGAGAAAUAUGAGAGUUGGCUAUGGUUUAUGGAACAGUUGAAAUCAGUGAUAUCGGAUCUCCCUGGAUUGGUGUUUCUUUCGGACAGAAACAAAGGCUUGAUCAAGGCAGUACAUCAAGUGUUCCCUCAGGCCGCUCAUGGUUAUUGUAUAUGGCAUCUGUCUCAAAAUGUUAAAGGCUACGUCCGUAACAACAGAGAAACAUGUGCAUUUAAGUUUAUGGAGUGCGCACACGCUUAUACAGAGGCGGAGUUCUUGGUCCUUUAUAACGCUUUUGGCAGAAAAUAUCCUAGUGCAGCGGAGUAUCUUGAGAGAAGUUGUGAACAAAAGAAAUGGGCUAGAUGUUACUUUGAAGGAGUUAGGUACAAUGUUGACACCACCAAUUCAGCAGAAUCUUUUAACGGUGUUAUUAAGGACGCAAGAAAGUUCACCUUACUUCCAAUGUUUGAUUUUAUCAUUGGAAAAAUUGCUAAAUGGUUUAACAAGCACAGGAAAGAGGCAGCUGAAAUGCCACCCGCACUGAAGCUUGUGCCUAUAGUGGAGGAGGAAAUGACUAAAAGAUGUGUUGAUGCAGGGUUUCUUCGGGUUGAUGAGUUAAACAGCUUCCAUCUCGAGUACAGUGUGCAUGGUAGUGACGGGAAGCGUUAUACCGUGGACAUGGCUAUGAACAUGUGCACCUGUGGGCAAUUUGAUAAAGACAAAUAUCCAUGUGUUCAUGCAGUAGCUGCUGCCACAUUCAUGACUGAGAAAGCGGGAAAGGAACUCCAUCUAUCUGAGUAUUGUUCUAAAAGAAAUUAG